UUUCGUUGGGAAAUGUUUUAACAAAAGUUAAUAAAAGAUGAGUGAUAGUCUUCUGACAACGACUACUAGUAGUUUUGAACAUACAGCUAAUGACCCCACAGGCGCUGACAACGACAUGGGACUGUCCAAUGCGACAGAAAAAGAAUUACUGGACCAACUGAAUGACGAAAUAAAAAGGGCAUUAACACCUGUUUCAGUUUUUGUUGGAAUUGAAGUUGUUGUGGGAUGUUUUGGAAAUUUAUUUGUCUUGUACGUUUUUAUAAAACGUUACCAUGACUGUAACUUCCGGUACUUCGUGCUGUGCUUGGCUUUUCUAGACUUUAUCAGCACACUGACCACAAUUCCUGGGGAGAUUCUCACGCAGCAGUUCUGGUACAAGUACCCGUUUCCCAUCGUUUGCAAGAUCAAAUCUUUCUUUAACGUGUUCACGGUGUCAGGUGAGGCCUUAUGUCUAUGCAUAAUUGCCGUCGACCGCUACCGGAAAAUCUGUGCGCCAUUCAGAUGGCAGAUCAAGCCUCGCCAGGCGCUCAUCAUGUGCGGCGUCAUCUACGGAGCGGCGUUCAUCAUUUCACUUCCGGUCUCGUUUCUCUGGGGAAUCCACCAUGACAUUAGGAUAUACAAUGGAAGAAACGUUACUGUCACCAUCUGUGAAAAAGAUGCUAAAUAUGCAGACAGUAGACACCCAUUUGAAUACGCUACAUCUGUGGAGGUUUUAAUUGGGAUUUGCCUUAUCGUCAUGCUUAUUCUUUAUAUACUGGUAGCAAAGAAACUCAUCUUGGGUCGCUCAUUGGCUCAAAUGCGCCAAAAGUCGAGAGUACCUAUGGUCAGCAAGACGACAGCGUUACAAACAAAAUUAAAACAACCUUCCGAGAUCAGCGAUGGCGGUGGUAUGUCUACUUCUGACAUACCGACUGGAAAUGAAAAACCUAACAGAGAGAUAGAAUUAAGGUAUAUGGAUGACGAAAGUGAACCAGUCGACGUCAAUGAUGCCUUUGUCACGGACGCCGAUACCACCUGCGAGGGUGGGACGUCGGAAGAACGUCUAAAGAAACGGAUGACACGUCGACGUCAAGAAAUAGCGAGCCGCAUUCGUCGGAAAACAAUGAAAUGGUUAUGUCCAAAUAUCGUUAUGGUGACAGUGGUGCUGACAACUUGUGUCAGGGCGGACAGGUUGGCGAAAUUGAAGGGCCAAAUGACUCUCAUGCAAGCCUUUAAGUUCUACUUGAAGGUGAGAUCGGACGCAAUUGAAGGAAAUAUUAGUACAUUAACUGAGCGGGUUUCCAGUCUUGAAUCUCAUGUAACCACGCUGGAAAACAAGGUUGAAGAACUGGAAGGUAGAGUAAACGAAGAUGUUGUCGUCACUGAUGAGCCGAGAUCAACGACAAAAGAUUGGGCCACUAUCGGGGCGCGUGACUGCAGCGAUGUGUUAAAGCAGGGGUUGUCACGUGGUUCUGGAGUGUACAAAAUCACGCCCUGGAACACGCACGGGGAAGUGGACGUUUACUGCGAUAUGGAUACCGAUGGUGGUGUUUCAAGACGCUUGGACGGGUCUGUUGACUUCAACAGAAAAUUUGUGGAGUACGAGAAGGGUUUUGGCUCACUGGAUGGUGAAAUUUGGAUGGGUAUGUUCUUAAAGUAA